AUGAACAAGACGGAAACACCAUCGGAUACUUUUUCCGAGCUCCACUCGACAAUCGCGAUUGGGCUGUCGCCAGCAUUAGUGGGACUGCUUCUCGGCAUUUAUUCGCUUUGCUAUUUCGUAGUGCCUGCUUUGAAGUACCAGAAUACCAGCAAUCAGCCACCCAUCGUCGGAUAUCGAAGCCUUUGGGAACCUACCUGGUUGGUACGACUUCGUUUCAUCCGGGGAAGCAGAAAGAUUAUUGGCGAAGGAUAUGAGCGCUUCAAAGAUUCUAUGUUCAAGGUGCGACGAGUUGGAACCGAUGUUCUGCUCGUCUCUAGCAAAUACAUGGAUGAUAUUCGCACCUUGACCCGCGAUGCCACCGGCUCUGUGCCCCCUUUGGUCCAGGAUUACCCCGGUGAAUAUACGCAUGGCAUGCCAUUCUUGCGCAGUGAUCUGCAAAACCGAGUCCUUCAACAGAAACUUACUCCGAAUCUUCCCUCGUUAGUCCCGGUGAUGGUUGAAGAGCUGGAAUUUGCAAUGAAAAUGGAGAUGCCCGAGUGUGCUGAUGACUGGACUACAGUCGACAUCAUGCCAAUCCUCUCACGAAUUAUCACUCGCAUUACCUCCCGCAUCUUCCUCGGACCCAAAGAAGGCCGUAAUGAAGAGUGGCUCGUGGCCACCGUGGAAUAUACCAAAAACCUCUUCCUCACGGGCAUGGCACUGCGCUUCUUCCCGCGCUUUCUCAGACCACUCGUCGCUCCGCUUCUACCGUCCUACCAUCAUCUUUGGCAGAAUGUGGCGACGUCUCGACGCAUAGUCGGUGAGAUCGUACGUGAACGUAGAGAAAUUGAGGCUGCAAAGCCAGCAGAUUACACGAAGCCUGCGGACAUUCUGCAAUGGAUGAUGGAUGCUGCCACCGGUCAAGAGGCGGAACCCGAGGACCUAGCACAACGGAUGCUGAUCUUAAGCGUGACAUCCAUCCACACCACAACAUUAACCAUGACUCAAGCUAUCUACGAUCUCUGUGCACACCCACAAUACCUGGAGCCCCUCCGAGCCGAGGUGGUAGACGUGCUGUGUACAGAUGGUGGCUGGGGCAAAUUAACGGUCAACCACCUGCGCAAGAUGGACAGUUUACUGAAAGAGUCGCAGCGAUUUAAUCCCGUUUUCUUGUUAACCUUCAACCGCAUCCUCCCCAAGUCAAUAACCCUCUCCAACGGCGUCUCCAUCCCUGUCGGCUCGCGCAUCGCAGUCCCUUCCAACGCCAUGUUAAACGAUCCUUCCCGAGUGCCAGGUAACGCGCCAACUUCCUUCGAUGCCUUCCGGUACUCGAGGCUGCGUGAGGAGCCAGAGAAUGCCCAGCGGCACCUCUUCGUCAUGACUGAUCAUAAUAACUUGGCAUUCGGCUACGGGAAGUUUGCAUGUCCUGGUCGGUUCUAUGCCGCUAAUGAGAUGAAGAUGAUGCUGGCGCUUAUGCUCAUCUGCUACGAUAUAAGGUUCCCUGAUGGGUGCAGGAGGCCUAGGAACUUUACUAUCGACUCGGAUAUGUAUCCUGAUCCUGCUACGCGUUUGCUUAUCCGGAAAAGACCUUCGGUUGAGAAGGGUAUGGAGGAGCUAUUGACGUCUGUUGCUCCUGUGGGUGCUUAA